AUGGCGCACACACGGGUAUUACACCCGAAUGUACAAGUGAAUGAGAUAACCAGAGAAUUCCGGAACGCUGCUUCGAAAUUGUCUCCCGGCAAGCUGAUCAAAGAUGAACACUUUACAUUGUUCGAGGCUGUCAGUGCCUUGGAGAUUGGAGACCCCAAAAUGGACAGCGGAUGUACUGCUUUUGAUCCGGAGAGCGACGAGGAGUUCGAUCCCACGAAGGCCUUGUCAGCAGAGGAGAUCAUAUGGCUGAUGGACGAGCUGAUGUACCGUGAGGUAGCAUGGCAAAUGGGCUAUCCACUCUCCCAGACUCUCUUCACGUCGGUCCAUAUUGAACGGCUCCUGUGGCCAGAGCCAAAGAGACUUUCUGACGCAAGUUUCUGGCGGCAUGAUCCAGUCCCCGCGGCCACCCCUUCGUUACUGCGCGAUAUCUUCCAGCCUUACUGUCUGGGCUUGAUCAAGUGUUGCGACCUGGUACUCUCGAUGGUGACAAGUCAGCACUACUACGAGGAAGAAGACUUUGCCACGCAGAUUUUCAAUCGGCCGUUGCUACACGUUUUCUCGGUUGGGGAAGUGAUGGACUCCUUGGAAGCGGCUCGCACCUGGCUCGAUCACAGCCAGCUUUCCUCACACUUGAGGAGAGCAUUAACAAGCAGGCUCGAGGCACGGUCUGCUUUCCUGAAGCUCUUUCACGAAUGCGACUGUGGAGUACGACCGAGCCUCUCGAAUCUCGAAAGACAUAUUGCAUUGGUCAGGACGAUUGAGGAAAGCGCCUCCCUUGGACGACCAACCUCUGCCGUCGCAUUUACCCUCAAGAUCCAACGGCGACUGGCGAGUAGCGUACCUCCAAGACCAAUGAUCGUUAUCGAAAAGGACAAAGCCUUUCCAUUCCUCAGAAAGCUUCUGACUGAUGCCACUACAGCUUUUCAAGUGCUAGACAUCUCCUCCAGUUGUGAUCUUCUGGUUGCCUACCAGAACUUCAUGGCGCAGGACCCACAACCGGUUGUGUAUGCCCGAGCUCUCCUUCAAUCCUUUCUGAACCUCAACGGAGCGGUAGUAGGCCGAUUCGCCUUCAAAGACUUUAUUACCCACGAUAUCGCUUCUCUUGUGUUGCCUGGCGAAGCGCUACUCGAUCCCAGUCAGAUGGAUGAUCUUCCCGAGAACCAGCAAAUAGAGCUUGGGUCCCGAGUUGACUUGUUUGUGAACCGGUGCAGCCAGUCAUUUCUCAAUUUCUUCCGGACGCUGUGUCUCAAUCGUUGUCGUGUGAGACGUACUAUGUGCCACGCAGCGCUUGAGUGGGACCAGAUUCAAGCGGAAGCCGAAGACCUUGAUGGAGCGGUCCAGUCCAUCCUCAGCGAACCAGCCAUACCGUACCUCGAUGGGGAAGAACCCACCUUCUCAUACUCUUUCAGCAGUUGGGUCUAUCACUACAAACUUAUCCAGCUCCGCACCGUUCUUCAGAUGGGCUUCGAACUCUCCAUCUACGCGCCCCACGAAUUUGCGGGCAUGUACUGGUACCUGUCUUUCCUCUCCAGCACGCAUCUCAACCACCUGGAGAGGAUCACUUUCUUUGUUGCAUCCCGGCAGCGCCCAAGUUCGUCAGGACAACAAGAAAUACAGACAACACUCCAGCUGCUAUAUCGCCACUUUCGCUGGCUCAAAGCGGUGGAAGCUAUGGCAAAAGCCCUGCACAGAGUCUUUACGGUUCUCCAGCGCCAUGGCCACUUUCACAAGUCUGCCGUUACCUAUGCAACUGAUGCACUACGGUACGAGCUGAGAAUGCGACCAUUCCUCCAUGUAUCCAUUCCUGAACCGAUCAGUAUGGACGUAGCCCAGCAGUCAUCAUCCUUACGUGGACUUUCGGACGAGAAGUUGAUCACACAGGCCUCGAACCUGGUUCAGACUGCCAGAAAGGCGUGGGAUGAGGUGCUGAAAGGUGGCUGGAACUUCUACCCUCUUCCGCCAGGAGACUCCAAAGCAGACAUGGCAGCGGACGGAAUGAGCAAGUCGCCAGGACCGGUAGUGGAACGCGAAUGGACUCAGGACGUACGGAACUCAAUGAAGGCGUGCAUAGGUACAGGAAUUGUGGUCACCACGCUCGGCACUCUCCUGCAAAAGAAGACGACUGGCUCAGCAGUGAACAUCGAGAAUCUGAAGGUGGAGAUUCCGCCUGUGGGUGACCGAAGCCGGUGGCAUGUGAGCUGGCCCGUGCCAAAGCUCCAGAGUUGA